AGUAAGGUUUAGCAUCACAAGUUUCAAGUUCUUGCAGUCAGCUUCCGAAACAUUUUAUGUGCACUGUAGUGUCGUGGUGUGUGAAAAGGAGAGCGGAGGAAAGACAUGCAAUGUUGGCUGCAAUGACAAACGUGCUCGAAGAAAGAUACGGGCAACAAAUUUCUCAACUGAUAAAAUUGUCAGAGAAAAAGGUCUUAGCGUAAAAGCAAAAGUUGAUCGAGGCAAAAUGGUUAAUAGAGUCGGUGUCCACAUUAGUAAACAACAACGAUACCUUAUUUUCAAAAAAAUGGGAAGUUUAAUGCUUCUUAUGAAUAUAAAGCUUUCAAAAGCUCAAGUAAGAGAAUAUCACAGCUCGCCUGUCACUAUGGCGAUUGAAACUACAAUACAAAGAUGGCGGAUAAAGUUGCAGUUGAGUGAAAAAUCGCAAAAAUUAAACUCGUUAAUUCAGCUGCAUUGCACAUAUGGUCCGUCACGGAUAAGUCGACGACAGAAGUUGGUAAUCGCAAACGGUUGUUCCAAAGAAGACGCAUGGAGAGUCGAUGUAAAUCCCUACGACAAUACCGUUACAAUUAAAAGUGAAAUAUUUUCGCAUGCAAGAGAAAACAACAAACCGUAUUUUAUGACAUGCGCAGUUAGUGUUUGCUCAAAGCACGAUCCAAUGUGUAUGACAGAGCAUUGCAAUGAAGAGGCACCGCGAAGAACUAUUCGGUCUGUGUCAAGCUCAGGCUCUCGAACGCAGUUGACAUGCCAUUCAAAUUCGAUAACUUUAACAGUUCGAAAACCCUUACCCGGCAACAUACCAGCAGAUAGUUUGCAUUUACGAGAUCCAGAAUGCAAAGCGAAUGAAAACAGUACACAUGUCACCAUAACAACAAAGGUCAAUCAAUGUGGGACGAAACUUACGAGAAAAACAUACUAUGUGGAAUAUAGUAACGUUUUAUUAGAAAAACUACCAGAAACACUAAUAAUUCGAAGAGAUUUAGUACAAAUUCCAUUUCGGUGCACAUACAGCCAAAGUCCAUUAGCAAGGGCAUUGUCAAUCAAAUACGAAACUCAGUCCGUUAAGUUUCGCAGUCAUGCGUUCGGAAGUUACAGCGUCAACAUUGGUUUGUACUCAGAUAGCAAUUAUACUAAAACGAAUACAGAAAGUCUGGUUGAUAUUGAUUCAGAUAGGGAUAUGUAUUUCGAAGUAAAAAUAACAAGCCCUCAAUUAAAUUUAGCAUUGUUCCUGGACAAGUGCUUCGGUGCUCCGUUACACAGAACAACGCAAAGUGAAGAGUACGCAUUUAUUGAGAAUGGAUGCGCUUUGGACGACACGUUAAAGUUUUAUAAAACCGAUGAUUUUAGCAAAAUUCAAUUUAGCAUCAAACCCUUUACAUUUACCGAUAACAGUAGUAAUGUCGUCAUAAAUUGUUACGUCACCGCGUGCAAUGCACAAGAGUCGAAUACAAAAUGCCGGAAGGGUUGUCAGGACAACAACAAUCAAUCCUAAGCACGAACGAUGGAACAGAUUUUAUACUUCUGAAACAUUGCGCAUAAGCUACUGCUAACAAAGUUGUUUUUUUUGUACUGAACUAAAGCUAAAUGAAUUCUUAUUAA